UGUCAAUAUGGGUUGUUUAGUAGGCUGUCAAUUUUAUUUACCAUAGCAGACAGAAGAUUUUCAUCAUAAUUCUACAUUCUGCAGUUUUUGUUCAUGCAAUAUCUUGUUGUCUAGCUGUUGAACUUAUCAUGUAACUAUUGAGAUCAUUAGCGCAGUAGUGAUAAAAACCUCCAUAAUGAGGUCAAAGAGUAGUUACGAUAUUCUUCACAAAGAUCGAGUACUAAUUGACUUUGAAAAUACUUUUGAUCAGGUGGGACCUGUAGGGCUUCUAGAUGUCAAGCAGGACUCGUUGCUGGUGCGUGCUGUGGACCGUGUGUUACAGCACGGCCUGCGUGACCCUGUGCGAGGCUAUUGGGCUCUAGUACGUAGCCUCACACACUCCACCACACUGAAGUCACUCGAGGCUUUCGUCAAAUAUAUCAGCAGCUCACACCAGAAAGGUCUAGCCUGGACGUUCUACACUCUGGAAGAAGGCUCACUGGAGUUCUACUUAUCGUCCCUGCUGCAGGACAACAAGACAUUACAGCAGCACUACAUGGAGCAGAGCCUGAUGAGGGAUCCAGUUCUGAGUCAGCGAGUUGUUGUGGCUAUCAGCACGCUGCGUGCUGAGGCAGCCAAUAUUCCAGUGAGUAUGGAGAGCAGCCUGAUGAGCGAGUGUCCGCUCGAGCCCCCCUCCCUCACUUCUCCUGUAGACUCCGGCGUGGCUCUCGUGGACAGCGACAACUCAGGCAGUGAUGGGGAGAAGAACGAGGAGUACUCCAGGAACCAACCUUGUGAACAGUCAGGAGGCCAAGAGUUUGGGACCAGCCUGAACACAGUUGUGAGCACAUCCUCUGACAACACACUGGCGGACAACACAACAGUAGACAACACUACAGCAGACAGGCACAACGCCAAUACUGACGAACCAGAUAAUAAGGCCAAGGGUAUCAUCCAGCCGAGCAGCGGUGGCGUAUGCCGCCGGCGCAAGAAGAAGAAGAGCGAGCCGGGCAAGAGAGUAUCCUUCCAUCAGGACUCCAAUGAUGACUCUGAUGCUCCAGUGAUUCUGAGAGAACCUCGUAACCUCAACAAAUUCUAUGUUGAGGGCCGCUACAGCUGGGGAGGCGAGGGGGACACUUUCUUCAUCAAGGAACAAGAGAACUUCCGCCAAGUCAAAUCGGAGAUUUACGAAAGGAAAGGGUUGUCUUCGAGCAUCAACAUCUUCGAGUCCGAGCUGGGGAUAGAGGCAGACUGUGACAGCAGCACGACGACGCUGGACGACGCCAAGCUGAACAUCGAGACGGUCUGUGAGAAGCUGACAAGUGUGGUGCGCCAGAGCCUUGGUCUAGGGCGGCCCCAGCUGGCGGAGCGUGAGGCUCCUGAGGGUCAGGAGGACCCUGCCAGGAGCGCGAGAGAGUAUGAGAGACUGCUACGCAACACUUCAGCUGUCAGGUCCUCGGUAGACCUCACCUCAGACUCCGAGUGGUCAAUGGAUACACCGGAUCGGCAGGGCAAGAGGUACCUCAGACAGCCAGGCCCACAGAGAAAUAUGGUGGGACAGCCAAACUGGCACGCCAGAAUGCUCCACGAGGCUCCGUCGAAGACGUCUCUGGUUAAGAGGUUCCUAAGAUCCAUCCCCACGAGGAAGCCAUACAAGGAGAAGAAGCCUAGUAUCAAGCGAAGCCUGUACAUCCCGGGAGUGAAGCCUGACUCAGGGCUAACGGAGAAGCUGCUGGGAGAGCUGGAGUUGGAGUUGAGGCGAGGACAGGUGGUCCAUAGUGAUGUAGAGGGAGAGGAGGAUGCUGAGGAUGAGACAGUGACAGCAGUAAUGGAGGCAGCUCUAGUUGAUUCAGUGUUUAUGGACAAGCAGGAGAGGAUAUACAAGGUGUAUCGAGUGGCCAGCACAGAGGGUGAGCCGUUGUUGGCCGUUCUGACUGACAUGGCUCUCUACAUGACAGGCCUGGGCUUGGACCAGCAGUACAUCAGGCGACACCACAUAUGCUAUCAUACCCUGGACACUAUUGUGAUCGGACCAGAAUACCAGACCGUGAUGCUGGUGACGGUGGACCACAGUGUGACAGUGACUGUGAUCUCAGCACUCGGGCGAGCGUUGGUCACACACAUGGUGACACACCUGGCCUUGGCCGUGUAUCGGCGGGCCCGCAGCCACCUAUCAGUUUGUCAGCUGUCACUCAGCACCAUGCAGUCGCUGUACCGAGCACUGCUCGCUCACACCUCUGUCUCCAGUGACGAGCAACUCCACUACUACCGCUACAUUCGUGUAGAGGACAGCUACAUCGCUGGGCCCUGCGGUCCUCUCGGACCCUCCAAGUGCGGUCAUCUCAUGUACCGACCUCACAACCACUCUCCCUGGCUGCCUGGCUAUAUUGUGCUCAGGGGUGGUGUGUUAUACGUGUUCAGCGAUGUGCACCAGCUCACACCACGCCACGUCUUGUCAUUCCACCGAGGUUAUUUUGGUGGUUGUCGACGUGUGUUCAAUGCCAACAGACCUCACACGUUUGAAGUGCUUCCGUUUAGUCAGAGCGGGCUGUACGGCACCUUCCAAUUCGCAGCGGCUGAUGACUACGAGUCAUCUGACUGGUUACAGGCGUUCAUACAGACUUCGGCCACUAUGUCACAAAGCCCAACCAGUGAGGAACCUGUGGUGGGCUGUGGUCUUCUUCUUACCACUCGUCACCUGCUCACGUUGGACUUCCCAGACACAGUUCUGUCCUGCAUCAGGCUCCAGGACAUUUCCAUCAUCCGGACUGCCACAACGUGCUGCGUGCUGGAGACCACCUGUCGAGAGGUCCAGCAGAGUGGUGGAGACUGGAUACUGUACUUCCUGACCCAGCAAGCCAUAUCGGAGUUCUUGGACUCUCUCUACACCUUGAGGCCACAACUCAAACAGGCAGUGGUAGACUCGUGGGAGUGUGAGGCACUUCUCAGCCAUUGUCUGCAGACUAGUCAGCUGGUCACCACAGCCUGGGACCCCCUACUGAGGCCUUCUUGUGUUAAAGUGAAUUCCCGAUGAGGACAAGAUCAAAAAGCACCGUUAAAUUAGCUUAGAACGUCUCGUCAUUAUUUUAUAUUAUUCCUAGAAGUUACCUACAACUUAGUUACAUUGGUAUCGUGCCCACUAACUUGAUUGAAUGUCUUGAAUUAUUUACAUACUGUGAUAUAUAUAUUUUUAAUUUAUUAGCUUUGUCACGUGUAAAGCUUUUUACUGUGUAUACACUGAAUGGUGCCCUACUGGUAGCCUAGAGAGUGCGGUGGUGGCUUUUUCUAGUCAAAUAUCGCAGCUUCAGAUUUUAUUUAUAUCUUGUCUUGAGCUCAAAGAUAUUCUUGAAGAUACUUUAUUAUAGAUAAGUAGUUCCCACUCAAAUUCAAUUAAUUGUGUCUGCUGGUGGAGCUGUUGUGUUUUUGUUGUUUCUUCAUACAGUGAAACAAUUUUCGUACAGCAAUAUAGAUUUUAUUUUGCUAUAGAUAUUAUUUUUCAAAGCGCAACUCAUGUAUAAAUAUGUGUACUUUACUAUAAAAACUUUGUUGUUUAAAGUAUUCUUAUUUGUUGUGUAUUACAUCAUGUAUUUUACAAGUACAAUAACUUAAACUUAAAACAUCAAAUAUUAAAUUGAUGGCUCUAAAUAAGUCUCUUGUGUAUAUAAUAAAAUUGUUUGUAGCUACCACUGCACUAGUAUAAAUAACACACUCUAACUCUAGCAGCUAGUAGAAAGACAAAUGAUAUUUAUACAGUAUUGUAACUAGAAUAAUUUCUGUGUUAUAGCAUUAAGAUUACAAACACAAUAUAAUAGCUUCAAUAACCUAUAAAAUCAUUCUUUGAAUUGGGUUAUUCUGAAUUGUAGCUAUUAAAAUGUUAAGUUUAUUUGUUUUAUUCAUGUUUAUAUUUUUUGUCAAAGUAUACAAACUAAUGUUGUUUUAUAAUGUUUUUUAAAGAGCCUGUUAGUAUUAUCUAUCUUGAAAUUUUUAAUAAAGUAUUUGAGAAAGCUAAAUAUUAUUAUUAGUUUCCCCACAUUCAUACUUUGAUUUGGGUUAUUCUAAAUUGUAGCUAUUAAAUGUUAAGUUUAUUUGUUUUAAUCACUUUUAUAUUUUUUGUCAAAAUAUACAAAAUGAUGUGUUGUUUUAUAAUGUAUUUUUUUUAAGAGCCUGUUAGUAUUAUCUGUCUUGAAAUUGUUAAUAAAGUAUAAUGAGAAAGCUAAA